AUGUCAAAGCUUGGUGGAGCGACUGCACGUGUUGUAAAAGGUGUAUUGAAGACAAGGCAAACGAGGUGAGAUUUGGUUUUGGUGUUUUUUGUAUAUUUGCAUCAUAUUCAAAUUUUUCUCUGUUUUCAGAGCAGCACUCACAUUGACGAAUGAAGCGGUGACCCGGAUUCGAUAUCUGCUACAACAGCAAACUGAUGCACAAGCUCUGAAGGUAUUUUUCUGAAAUUUUAGAGAUAUUUAAGUAUAACAUGUGGUUAAAUUUAGAUUGGUGUUCGUCAAAAAGGUUGCAAUGGUCUAACUUAUACACUCGAAUACGCGCAACAAAAACAAAAGUUUGACGAAGAAGUCGAGCAGGAUGGCGUAAAAGUUUGGAUUGAACCAAAAGCCCAAUUAUCACUUCUCGGCUCUGAAAUGGAUUACAUCACCAACAAACUCUCGUCCGAAUUCGUCUUCCGAAAUCCGAAUAUUAAAGGAACAUGCGGUUGUGGUGAAUCGUUUAGUAUUUGA